AAAAAACAACUAAAAAAACUGUGACUUUUUAAUAAAUUCGCAUUCCAAAAUUCAGUUUCGUCAACUCGUUUUAUUUAAAAGAUGUCAAUUAAUGACACAAGGGACAUCACUCUAGUAGUCUUUUUCUCUCGCCCGACACACACCGUGUUGAUUGCUAAGGUGAAUGUCAGUUUCACUCCGUGACCCUGGAGCUCCAAGUACGCACAUGGUCAGACGGUAAGGUUACCAUGUUUCAAGGGAAAUAAAUAGGAAACUUAUAAACGGAGUGUGACAUAAUAACCUUCGCUUAUUUGCGAUUUGUAACGUUACGAUGAUUAAAACAUACAGAUCCGAAGAAAUAAAGGUUCCUGGCACACUUGAUUCUAAAGAUUAGUUCGAAGUGCCUAUAGGUAUACCGUCUGAUCCAGCAAACCUAGAUAUAAGGUGUUGCAGCUGUCACCAUUCCGUAUUCGGCGGACUUUCGGAAUAGAAGUUCAGUGAAGAUAAGACUCCCUUCUGUUCUCCCAUGCUAUAUUGCUUUGUUCACUCACAAUGCAAGCUGAUGAAGUCCUACAACUCCUCAAUAACUAUGGAAAAUACCCAAGAAUUAUCUACUUCUUACUCUGUUUUGUUAUUUUACGUGGAGUUUUUUCUGUGUUCUCCAUUAUGUAUAUUGCUCCGACCACAUCACACACAUGCAAGUCUGAUCGAUGGAACUCUUCUAGUGUCUCGGUAGCCACUUCAGACUGUUCUGCAUUUGUCUACAAUGGAACUGACAAUGUCACAUACGAAUGUAUGGAUUGGUCUUACGACAAAUCUCCCGAAGAAUCCAUAAUAGCACAGUGGGACUUGGUGUGUGAUCAAGAGUACAUCAUUCACCUCUCAACAGCCAUCUACAUGGUUGGGAAUCUCUUUGGAUGCCUAAUUUUAAUGCCAUUCGCUGACAAGUUUGGUCGAAAGUUAAUACUUAAUUUUCUUCUUAGUAUCCAACUGAUUCUAAAUUUUUCCUUAAUCUUCAGUAACUCCAUUAUAACAUUCACCAUUCUACGGUUUUUCAUUGGUGCUGCUAACAUUACAAUAGCUUUGUUAGCCUACUGUAUGUUAUCUGAAGUCUUGCCUUCAACUCACCGAACAUUACGUGUAAUUGGUGCUUCUUCAUUUUGGUCGCUCGGCAUCAUGUCCCUGGCUCUAUUUGGUUCUCUCAUUUCUGACUGGAAGAUUCUGCAAAUUGUUCUUUCAUUACCAAAUCUUGUUGUGAUUUUCUUGUGCUGGCUCCUUCCUGAGUCAAUAUCCUGGUUAUUUACUCACAAAAAAUUUGAAAAAAUCAUGGAAAUUUUAAACUGUGCUGCAAAAUGGGACAAAAAACAACUACCCGGUGAUUUUAAUUUAGAAACCUUGCAACAUUCUCAAAACCAUGAUUUAUUGCUGAAUGAUGUUAAAGUGAAAAAUGAUUUUCCUUCAAACAGCACACUGAAUAAAUCACAGGAUAGCAGCUAUGAACCAAAUAGCUACCAAAGCAAGAAUUCAAUAAAAGACUCUCAAGAACAACCAACAGAAUCUACAGAAAACCCUUGUGCUAAACCUGGAAAUGGUAACAAAGACAUCGCAGAGAAUGACACUUGGCAGUAUACGGAACUGGUACCACAGACUAAUUUAAACAAAAACUUUGAACUGAAGACAUUAAACAUUAAGUCAUUGUUUUCUACACCAAAAAUGCUGGGAUACACAUUUAUAAUGUUUUAUAUAUCGACAGUAAACAGUUUAAGUUAUUUCGGAAUAAUUCUCAGUACACCAUCUCUGCCAGGAAACUUAUCUUGGAAUCUCUUCUGGACUGCAAUCUCUGAGAUAUUUGCAUAUAUCGUGACAAUGUUGAUAUCAAACAAAUUAGGCUGCCGUUAUCCCAUGUCAGCAAUGAUGCUAAUAGCUGGCUUUUCAAACUUGGUAGCAUACGUUUUAAUCACCUAUUAUACUUUCCAGACUCCUUUGAUUUACAUCUUUACAAUACUCUGUACAAUGGUUGGCAGGUUUGGCAUGAGUGGAUCCUACAGUAUAUUAUAUCUUCUCUUUACAGAACUUUUCCCAACAGCUAUCAGAAACCAAGCAAUGGGUUUUGCUUCAUUUUUUGAAAACCUUGGCGGAAUUUUUGCACCAAUUAUACUUUUGACAACAAAAAAUAUACCAUUUGUGAUAUUAAUUAUUUUUGGAGUGCUGAAUGUAAUUGGUGCUAUUCUAGUCCUGCUGUUACCUGAAACCCACCUGAAAGCUCUGCCAGAGUCUGUGGAACAAAUUGAAGGAUGGUCUGAGAAAUCUUUCUGUCAAAUCUUUUGCUGUCGGACUGCGAAAAAUGCCACAAGAAAACAGUUCACACAUGGAGAAAGAGAGAGGUGAAGGAAAGUUAGGCGGCCUUAUUGGGAUUAUGUUUCUGGUAUUAAUAAACUGAUUUAUAGAGGGGAGGGGGACAUGCCUAUAUUCUUUUUAUUGCACAUUUGUCAUUUUUGUCACUAUCAUCACCAUUAUCAUCAUCAUCAUUGUUUUACUCUAGAAGAGAUCGAUCUCCACUAAACUCAAUGAAAAAAAUAAACUCCUUGAAGUUUUUAUUUAUUUAUCCAUCUU